UAGCCGAUUGUACUUGUUCCAAGGCGAAGUUGUUACAUGAAAUCUGCAGUUUCAUAUUUCCACAGAUUCUGCGCCGUUUCUUGAGUGGCAAUGUCUACAACAGGAACGAUCAGCAAUUAUUAUGUAGACUCCUUUAUAAUUCACGAUAGCGACGACUAUGUUCAGUCUAGAUAUACCUCCGGUCCUCUUGUACAUCCUACAAGACAGACAUCAUUGCCAGAACAUUCCGAAUACACCCCUUGCAGUUUUCAGUCGAAAACUUCAGUGUUUAGCACAUCUUGGAACCCAGUGCACCCUCAGCCAUCUGCAAAUGUCGCCACAGUGUAUCACCCUUACGUGCAUCACCAAACACCUAUUACAGCAUCCGAUGGCAGGUACGUGCGCUCUUGGCUAGACCCAAUGCCUGGAUCAUUGUCCUUCACCGGAGUACCUACAGGCAGGCACUAUGGCAUUAAACCUGAACCGCUGACUGCCAGGAGAGGGGACUGCACCACGUUUGAUACUCCUUCAGUGGCGGUUUCUGAUUAUGUUUGUGGUCCUUCUCCAGUGGACAGAGAGAAACAUAACAGUGAAGGUGUUUUUUCUGAAAAGAACAUUGAAACGGAGUCACUCGGGGAUAAACCACACAUUGAUCCAAGUAACCCAGCAGCGAACUGGCUGCAUGCAAGGUCUACAAGAAAAAAACGCUGUCCCUACACUAAGCACCAAACGCUAGAAUUAGAAAAGGAAUUUUUAUUUAAUAUGUACUUGACCAGAGACCGCAGAUACGAGGUGGCACGUUUGCUUAACCUCACAGAAAGACAAGUCAAAAUCUGGUUUCAGAACAGGAGGAUGAAAAUGAAGAAAAUCAACAAAGACAGGCCUAAGGACGAAUGAUCCCAUGUUUACAAAUGAAUUAAAAUGAAGCAAAACCAUGUUGGGUUGUAGCAGCCUGUGCAAUUCUUUAUUGUCAAUGUGCUGUGGAGGGCUGCAUCAUUCGUACUUCAACGUGAACACAGAGGUACGCCAGUAAAUUCACAUUUCUCACUGGAAAUGCAUUCGUGACUGUCUCAAGCUUGUGUGCAUCUACUCGCCCAACUCAUACUACCUUUUCAUUUGGCACAGUGACUUACAGACUGUAAUUUCCGACCGCUAGUGAUGUUGUAAACAUGUUAUAUAUGUAGCAGACAAAACUGCCCUAAUACUUGAAUGCUGUAUUGAUGAGGCAGUGGUUUGUGACUGACCAACCCGUGCUUGUGCUGUACAGUUGUGAUAAUAAGCUGUUGACAAAGGUACGAACUCAGGUUCUUUCAACUUAAAAUGUACAUUUAGAGUAAAUAGUAUGUAGCGAAUUACUGGCUUUUUGUGCGUGUGUACAACUUCGUUGUUGACGUCAAUGUAAAUUAUUGUUCCUUUAGAGUAUUAUUUGUUUGUUGUAGCUCGGGGUGCAUGAUAAGCGCGUGUUCCCAAUUUCUUAAACAGAAAACAUUCUACAUUGUAUGCCCACGAAAUUGAUGACUUUGCUAACAGUUGAAAUGACCUAGGUAUAAUAAGUAGCUUUGUUAAUAAAUGUUUUACACCAAGUGUUAAAAUGUUUGAAACUACCUAUAUGUGACCUUACAUAUCAACUACCUAGUCUAUUUAUUUAAGGAAAUGUGCUGCUGAAGACAUUACUGGGGGUUAAUUUUAUUAAUAAAUUAAGAUAUUAACAAGGAAUAUGUUCAUCAAAUACGUAUCGCUUAUUGAAAGUUUUUGUAUAUUUUGGAAUUUAAACAGCAGCCUAAUUGCCAAACUUGGUACUUUAAAAUAUAAAUAUAUGUAUUGCUAAUAAAGACACUGUUCUUGUCAGGU